AUGGCGCCAAAAGAAGAUAGGAAAGACCCGGCUUGGGCUUACUCUGCAAGAGUUAACGAGACCAACAAGAUAGCCAUUAGAUGUCUUUUUUGUGAUAAGAUUACAAAUGGAGGAAUCUAUCGUCAAAAAGCGCAUCUAAUCAGUGGUGAUCCAAAUGUCGCAUCUUGUCCUAAAGUUCCGGGGCAUGUGAAGGAAGAAUUGAAAGCUUACCUUCCAAAAAAGAAAGAGUUAAAGACUCAAAUGAUUCAUGAACAAGAACUUUAUAAUCUUGAUGAUGAUGAUGAUGAAACAGAAGAAGGUGACGAUGCUUUGUCGCUUCCACCAAAAUCACAAAAGCGGGGAAGGAUGCUUCCACCAAUGUCUUCUAGUUGUGGAUCUACUGGCAAGACCAAAGGUCCUAUGGAUUGUUACUUCCCGCAAAAAUCUGGAGAUAAGGGAGGAAAAAGUGGUAAUCCUCAAGUUGAUGCCAAAGCGAUUUUGAGGGACCGUGCAGUUACCUUUUUUGCCAGGUGGAUGUAUGAUGCAGGUCUUCCUUUUAAUUGUGUUAAUUAUACUAACACUUUUGCUACUUUUAUUGAGGUCAUAGGCCAAUAUGGCCCAGGAAUGAAGCCUCCAACUUAUUAUGAAGUUAGAGGGCCAUAUCUAAAAAAAGAGGUGGCAGAGGUAAACAAAAUCGUGGAGGAACACAAAGUAGAAUGGAACAUGUUUGGUUGUUCCAUUAUGAUGGAUAUGUGGACGGCAAGAAAUGGAAAAAUGAUCAUCAAUAUCUUGGUGAAUUCUCCUAAGGGAAGCCUGUUUCUUGAGUCCGUUGAUGCAAGCGACUCUUCUACUGAUUCAACCAAAAUGUACUCCUUGUACAAGAGUAAAAUAGACUCUAUUGGAGCAAAAAAUGUUGUUCAAGUUGUCACGGACAACGCCAGUGAAAAUGUUAAAGCUGGUGAUAUGAUGUCUGCUUGCUACCCGCAUAUCUAUUGGACUCCAUGUGCAGCACAUUCUGUUAAUUUGAUCUUCGGUGAUAUUUUCAAGAAAAGACCCUUCAGUACUGUCUUUAAUCAGGUAAUUAGAGUGCAUUCUUAUAUUGUUCAAAGGCCUUUGUUAUUGAACAUGAUGAAGAGAUUCACUAACCAAAGAAGCUUGGUGAAACCUGCAAAGACAAGAUUUGCUACUGCUUUCUUGACUUUGGCUAGGAUGUAUGAGCAAAAAAGCAAUUUGAAGAAGUUGUAUGUUUCAGAUGAGUACACUAGCAGUGCCUAUGAAAGGGAAGCUCGAGGGAGAGAAUCUGCAUAUAUUAUACUUACUCCUUCAUUCUGGAACAAUGUGAUUCAUGCAUUGAAGAUUGGUGGUCCUUUAGUUAAAGUGCUUCUUUUGGUGGAUGGGGAGCAAAGGCCACAAAUGGGCUACCUGUACGAAGUAAUUGAUAGGGCAAAGGAGGCUAUUCAAGCCUCUAUUAGUGAUCAAAGAAAAUACAAAAGAGUCUUUGAGAUCAUAGAUAAAAGGUGGGAUAGUAAGCUUCAUAGCCCUUAG